GGAGUACACCAUCGACCUGGAGGAGGGCUCGCAGCACCUGAUCCGAUACAAGACCAUCGCCCCGCUGGUGGCCUCGGGCGCAGUACAGCUCAUCUGAGGGGCAAGUGGUGUACAGCGCACACGCCGCGGUCCCCCCAGCCAUGCCCGUGGACCUGGCCAUGGGGCUCUGCCUGAGCCACUCGCCUCCCAUCCGCAAGCUCCUGAACUCCUAUGAGGAGCUGCGGGGCAACCGAGGCCGCAAACCUCUCCGAUCCUGUCUCAACCAGAAGCCAAGCACAGAACCUGAGCCUGAGCAGCGAGACAACACCAAGGGCUUCAAGGGCCAGAAGAAGAGGGUCGUGUUCGCCGACAUGAAGGGGCUCUCGCUGACAGCUGUCCGCUUCUUCUCCAAGAUUGAGGAGGACCUCUGUGACUUGCAGCAUGCCCUGUCUGACCUCACCAGGUUCCGACCUAGGCUGCGAGACUCGCGCCCGGAAACGUGCAGGUACGUGCUGGACUUCCCACAGCCUUCUGCGGACUAUGUGGCUUUCCGCAGCCGCCUGCACAGCAACCUUGUCAGCCUGGAGAACUGCCUGCUCCAGGACCGUGCCCUGUCAGGGACAGUGAAGGUCAGGAACAUCGCAUAUGAGAAGAAAGUGGUGGUCCGCAUCACCUUUGAUGGCUGGAAGAGCUUCCGGGACAUCUUCUGCCAGUACAUGCAUAGCACGUACGGCUCGGCCGACACAGACACCUUCUCCUUUGAGCUCACCCUGCCCAAGCCGUCCGUCUCCCGCAGGGCCACAGAGUUCUGCAUCUCCUUCCAGUGUGGACAGAAGACCCACUGGGACAACAACCAUGGGCGGAACUACAAGAUCUGCUCUGUGGCCACAAACCGCCCUCCCUCCCGUGCCGUGAAGAGUGCCCGUGGGGCCUGGGAGCAUCUUGGCACCUCUCGGGCUGCCGCCUUGGUCCUCUCACACCUGCAGACCUGGCGGCGCUCGGAGGCGCAGGCUCCGUAUUGGUAGGAGCGCAGCGUGCAGAGAUGCAGGUCCCUUCCAGCCCUGACCGUGGUGCAGGGGCCACUGGGGAGAGCUCGGAGGCAGGCGGCGCUGCUCCCGGUUCUGUUGGCUGCUCCGGGGGGGCCCGGCCUGCCACCACACGAGCCGGUGCCGGGAUCCAUGGACAUGUCUGUGCUGCUGCUUCUGCCACAGGGGUUGGAAGCUGUCGUGCGGUGCAACGCCCGAUUUGUGUGACUCCAUCUGGCCUGACUCCCGCCCAGUGCAACUCCCACCCGUAGGCUCUCCGGGAGCACCGUCCGCAGAGCAGGGGGCUGACGGGGCACCGGCUGCCGCUCGGGCUGGGAGCCGCGGGUCUCCCGGAGCGUCUCAAGGGCCUUAUGCAGCGCCGCGGUCUCGGGGCGCUGGUGCUGUAACGGGGAGCGAAUAAAGUGAGGGCGCUUCGGGAGCG